GCAUGGGCAGUAAUUCGUAUGGGCAUUCAAAUUGCAAAAGGACACCGCCCAAGGAAGUGCUCAAUUGUCCAGGAGGCCAUUUCUGGUGUACUUGCUCAGCAAUGGUGGCCGUUGAGCCAGUAUAUAUAUCUUGAACGCCUUUUGGGCUGCCCCAGCAUUCUUGGCGCAAAAGGAGCGGCUUCGUGUACGUUGUUAGGCUGGCCGGCUGACUGGCUGUCGUUGCAGGCAACUAAGGUUGAGGGGAUCUUUUGUUUGGAAAUUCCCAAUGAUUCUUAACAGGUGUUCAAUUGCAACAGUGACGUUUGGACGAAUGGAAGGAAGAGUUGCCUGGCAAACAAUCUCUCUUUGGACCUGCACGGAAAGUAAGUGCGACUAACAGACUGACUAGGAAAGCAAAGAAUCAUGGACACUGCGAAUCCAACUGACGUGCCGAGAGCCAUGGAGACCGAACCAGCGGGAACCAUUGAGCGGCUCUUCAGCCGCGACAUGGCUUCCGAACUCCCAGCCAAGGAAGACACCAAUGCUGACGUGGCAAUGCCAUCCCCUCUGGACAGACUGUUCAGCCGCGACGUCGCAUCCGAACUCCCCGUCAAGGGAGACCCCAACGCUGACGCAGCAAUGACGUCUCCCCUAGAGAGGAUGUUCAGCAGAGACGCCGCCGCCGAUCUCGACGCCCCCCCGCCCGAGCCGCUCCAGCGUUUGUUCAGCAGGGACGCAGGAGAGGAGCUGACGGACGCCGCCGACGUCACGCUGACGUCACAGCGCGGCCUGACGCCCUUCGAGCGCGUCCUCAUGGGUGCGGCGGGGGGCGACGCCUCCGUGCAGAUCGCGCAGACGCAGACUUUGCCGGAGCGAGACGAGACCAUGAGUCCCACGUCAAUCCUGGAAACUGCCGGCGAGUCUGAGGGGGACACGCCGCUCGCGGCGAGCGUUUCUGAGCUGGAGGCGCUUGUCUUCAGCCCGAGCGGACCGAGGGAAGGGGCGGCGCAAGUGCCGGAGGGACCCCGGGGGAUGGAACACUUCCGGACAGCUCUCGACGCCCACGUGCGCCCCACCCCGCCCCCCCCCAACCCGCAGCUCCUCGCGCGCCGCGACCGCUACGAGGCCGCGCUCCUCGAGCUGAACGCGCAGUUCAAGGCCCGGUGGCUCGACUUCGACCAAUCGGUGGCCAUGGCCGAGCCGCACGCCUGGCCCGCCGACACUGCACUGACGCCUGGUAGAUCACCAACCGACCGCGUGCUAACCCCCGGUAGAUCGCCCACAAACCCAAGCUUAACCCCGGAAAGGUCACCGGUUAACCGUGCGGGGGAUCAAGCAGGGGAGACGAGGAGCGGUGUGAAUAGGCUUGGGGGCCUGCCGUCGCCCCUCGUGGUGGCCGGUCACACCUUCGACCCGGCGCUCAACUGCCCCACCCCCCCGGGGGCGUUAACGGCCCCGGCGUNACCCCCCCUCAGCGCGGAGGAAUUGGCGGGGUACCUGGCGAGUCUGGGAAUUGCGAUCAGUGCCGAGAAGGCGGCGAUUCUGGUGGGGGGGUACCAGGACGAGACCGAUGGGGAGCCGACACGUGUCAAGAUGCAGCGCCUGCGGAAGGACAUGCGGGUCGCGGUCGCGCGGUCGCUGAGACCGGUGCCCAGCCCCCGGGGGUCGUUUGUCGGUGCCCAUGCAAACGGGACGGGCUCUCCCGCUACGCCGACUGAAACGUCAGGAGCUGUAACCGCGGCGAUCGACGCCAUCCCUCUGCCGGCCCUCGCCCCGGUCAACGUCCGCAUCACAGGCGCGACCUCCCUGUCCAAAGGCAAGUCGCCCGCCGGACAGAAGAGCGCGUCCGGAUCGUCCGACGAGAGCCCCUGCAUCUGGUCGCCCAAGGUCGGCAUUCCGUCUCGACCGCUCGGGGCGACGCCGCCGGCCAUUGACGAAGCGCCAGAGGAGGAUUCCAGCCAGCACGGUGGUCAAGCAAUGGCAUAACUGGUUUUCUUUCAGCAUGCACGCGAACAGUUUGCAAAUUAACCAUAUCUGGUAACCCGGGGGUUUGAGCAGAGAAUCCGUUGACGGGUCUGACGAGGAUUUACUUACAGUUGUUGCAUACAGCGUAGCCUCGUGCUCGCGUCGAAAAUCGACUUUUGUCACGGCUAGCAUUGAGAUCUGGUGGACAAGUGAUAAGAAAAGAAGACGAGAAUUGCACGACGGGUUGUUUAGAAUGCGGGACCCUUCGUUACUUCGGCGCUCAGACUCUCAGCGCGCAGCAAGCUCUAGUGCGAGCUGGCGUGACUCCGCGUUGCGGCUCCUAGUGUGGCCUGGCAACCGUACAUCUUUGUUUGUUUCAGACCGGUCACGCGCCUUCAAAUUCACGACUGCCAGCAAACGGGACGCAAGCUCG